ACAAGCUGUUGUUAGCAACCAAUGGCGUGGUUAGCUACUUAUGGAAAUGAAUGCAUGAAAUAAUUUCUCUCUAAGAUUAUAAUUAAGUACCAAACAAUGGGCCCCUUACACUAAUACAUGACAUCUUUAUCAUGAGCAAAACAAAUAUUCAGUACCUUGACAAAACCAUCUGACAUUUGGCCAAAAACAUCGGUUAUUUUCUUCGUUUAUGUGACCUACUGACUGUGUGUGAUGUGUGUGUUCCGUGUGGUAUUAGACUGAGUCUAAUGUAAAGUGGUUGUGUUCAUUGGGCGAGACACUCAAGAUACGAGUCGGGCUUCGACUUACAGAGUCAACGAAAUCAGUUGGACGAGCUCCAGCACUUAUGGUCACGACAGCUUUGGCAACAGGACAAAAUAAGGCUACUGCUAAUCCGGCAUUUGUAUUCUUCUGUCCAAUGCGUGGCGUGCGGUUAUUUCUGGUCUGGCGAAUCCAACAUUUCUCAUUACCCUCGGAUUGCUUUUUGUUUUGGAAUGUCAUCUUCAGUUAAAUGAAAUCUGUUCCCGACUGUGUGUGUUGUUACCUAAUCCUAUCAAUAUUUCCCAAUAAUAUAGUUGAUUUUAUUUAUUUUGAAUGAUCUAUUAUAGUUUUGUGUUUUUGUAACUGUGUCAAUUGUAGUGGCUGGCUACAAGGUGUAGAUCAGCCUUGUUAAUCAAAUCAAAAUACAAACCCAAAACAUUCCAUUAUUUGGAUGUUGAGUGAUAGCAAGGUACUGAUAGAAUGCGCAAGUUUCGGUGUGCAGGAGACAUUAUAUUUGAUGAUGUGGAUAUAACGCCAGGACAGAUUUGUAAUGUGAAAUUAAAACCACACUCAGAGACAUGUAAUUUUCUCCAAUACCUGAACCCUUUAACCCCAGAGAAGCCAUAUUUUUUUGCACAAAUCAGAACUCUUGCUCCAAACAGUAAAAUCACUCUUGGGAUUGCUGGACCAGACAUCGCAUCAGAUGCACAUCCUGGCAACUGGAUCGACUCUGUGGGUUAUCACAGUGAUACUGGCCAGUGUUACACAUCUCAUCAGUCUGUUGCAAACACAGAGGGAGAAAAGUUUGGAAUAGGAGAUGUCUUUGGAGUUCUAGUCACAUACUUUGGAGAAAAAAGGUCCACAGUAAUUUUCUUGAAAAAUGGCUCUCCCGUCGCAACAAGGUUUCUGUUUGAGCCUAAUCACAGUCGGUACCUUCCUACUAUAUCUUUGGAGAAUGGGCCCAUUGACUUGGGUCUUAUGUGGCCUGAAGCAGCAAUGGGGGUACCUACGUACAGUGAGAAAAAUAUGCUACAUUGGAUCCGUCCCGUAUCUGUCAACUAUGACGUUCUUUCAAACAUGUUUAUCUAUAAUGGCAAGGAUAAGAUCACAGGAGAACUCAUAAUACAGAGCCCUCAUCCACUCUCUUUAGAAAUACAGCACUUUGAAGUCAUCAUUCAAGAGGCUGGAAAUGACUGCCCGGGGCCCUCUAUUUCCCUUGCCACAUGCAGUCCCUUAGUGCCAUCUCCUUCGUCCACAUUAUCCCAAGAUUACAUUCGAUUUGACCUGGACUUUGAUGUCCAACACCAUCUGUUAGGUCAAAGGAUUGGAUGGGGCAUUCAUUACAAUCCUGAAACUCGCAAUCUGCCAGACUUUAAUCCUAAAGCAGAGCAGCUGGUUUACUGCUAUGUUACAGCAAACUUGGAUAUCAUCUCAGGGAAAAUGAUGAUGCAGCCUGAAGGGGGAUUUUAUCCUUUGGUCUUAUUAAAGGAAGGUGCUUCCAAAGUCACUAUUGAUGUUGAGUCAAACCCAAAACCUCUACUCACUCAUCAAAUGGACAACCAGUUCAAAAAGGAGCUAGCUGCAGCUAAGAAAAUUCUGCAAGAUGAUUUAAGAGAAAGAGUUGUCAAAGAAUCCAUGUUACGCAAGACUGACUCCGUAGAAGUCACUAUUACUGAUCAGUUUACAACGUUACGUCUUCCUGCUGAUAAACCUGGCAUCCACACAGUGCAGCUAAAGAAACCUCUCACAGAAAACAGCAACUUUUUCUUGAUCCGUGUGCGGCAGCUCAGUGAAGACUCAGGUAUUGGUGUUGGUGUUGCAAGUCACGAGUUUCCUCUAAAUAAAUAUCCCGGUAAGACUCGCCCAUCUGUUGGCUGGACAUCUAAAGAUGGGAAGAUGUACAGAAACACAAGGCAUGAUGGGAAUCUCUCUGGAGAGAGAUAUCAAGUUGGUGAUAUCAUUGGUGUGGAAAUGGAGGCCUUUGCCAAAGAAAUGUCUGUGGCAUUGUUCACAAAGAAUUUUCGCCCUGUGGGAACUGCUUACUACACUCAAACAAACCUCAAUGAAUUCCUGCCCACAAUCUCUUUGUGCGCAAAUGGAUAUGAGGUGAUUGUGGAGGUCUUUUGGCAGAACAUGAUGAGAGGAGCUCCAUUGUUCAGUGUGGUUGAUCUGCAGCAUUGGUGUCUUCCUCCCGGAUCAGUGGUUGAUCGAGCGACAAACACAGUUCAUGUGAAAGAUCACUCUACUCCAGUGUCAAUACAAGCACCCUAUAGUCUUCACAAAGGUUACAAUCAUUUUGAAGUUCAACUGACUAAAAACUUUGGACCUGAUUGUCCACCUCCAGCGGUGGUGUUGUCCACUGCAACGCCUUUGGAUCCUCCGCCUAAUUCUUGUCUGAAACUGGAUUUUUUACGGUUUUGGGCUGUGAAUGAAGCAAGUGCCCUGGUCCAGGUUGGGGAUCUGGUGGGCUGGGGCCUACUGUACAUAGAUGAGAGCAUCCAUCAUGACGAGGAACAGCUAGUCAUUUGUUACCUGACAGUCAACCGCAAAAUUCUCCUGGUCAGGGUCGUCUAUCAGCCUCCCGGUGGAUUCUAUCCCCUGGUUGUUUUACCACCUGAAUUGAAUGAAGUGACAUUAGAAUUCAGUGCUACAAUUAUCCGGCAGCAUCCAAUAACGUCACAAGACGUAGCCAUUUUAGUGAAAGAAGCACGAGAACUAAUGAGGAAGGAGAAUGAGAUUUUGAAAAGAGGAGGUGAUCCAACUUCAGAGCUCGGUGGCUCGGCCUGGUUUAGGUCAUUGCCAAGUGCAGAGGCAGCAGAAAAAAAUGGAAUACAGAAGGACACCUCAGGUCAUCUCAAGGAAACAGUGAAAGAUGGUAGAGUGGAGAAGAGUGCAAAAACAAACAAGAUGGCGACAACAUUGACAGAUCCAGCACGAAAAGGGAAAAAACUUAAACAAGCCCAGUCGAAGAAGGCAGCAGAAGGAGAUCACAAGAGUUCACGCAGCUGUACAGUAUUGUGAGACAUCUAUAAUGUGAUUAUGAACUGCUUUUUUUUUUCAUUGUUCUCAAACUCAAACUUUGGGCCACUAUUUGUGCAUUGAAUACCUCAAUAUACUUGUACAAAAUGCAAACAGACUCUGGCUAAUACUCUCAUGAGAAAGGAGAAAAUAUGCAUGGUUUUCCUGUCUUUACUCUCAUUUUGAAAGUUUAUAGAAAUAAUACAUGCGUAAGUAUGGAAAAUCUUGUUUAGGAAGUGUCUUGAACACUUAUUUCCAUUGAUGCAAUUAGUCAGGAUUUAGGUGUUGUAUUGAUCCUUGAAUUAUAUAUCUAAGAAACAAUGACUCACCGUUUUAAAAUCGAUGUCUUCUUUUUUAGUGAGAGUUUUACGGCACAUGUAGUAUUCCUCUUGAGCGCCAUUCUCUUUAGUUACUGUACACUUGUCUGUGGCUGAUCAAAACUUGAACUUAACCCUUGAGAUUAAAUGGAACUUUACAAAAUCUCAAACAAGAUGAUAACUCUAAAAAGAGUUAAUACCAUGAUAUGAAUAUUAUUAAUCAAAAUAACUUUUAUUUUAUGUGAAUAGAAUAAGAGAUAUUUUCUGAAUUUACACCAACAAAUUUAAUUUUUUUCUCUUCAGCAGCAUGAGUUGCUGAUUUUUUUCUCUUUGUGAAAGGAGAAGAGAAAGCUAAAUAUUUUUUUCUUGAGAAUACACUUUUAAUUUUUGGUGUAUUGUCAGGCAUGGAUACUUCAGUGUUGUCUGGACCACAUCUUACUAUUUGAUUUAUGUGCAAUUACAAUUGUAUUUGUUUCAUAAAUUUAGAUAUAUGAUUCAGUUGCAAAAUGGAUAGUUUUCUAUUUCAAAGCAACAGCAUUUGGUUAAGUUAUUGUUAUUUUCACCAUGACAGUUGAAUCACUUUUUUAUGCACUUGCUUCAAUGUUAAUAGGGCAAUGAUUGUCGGUGUGAACACAGCGGCAUGCGUCUCUGAUUGAUAGGGACUGCAAAAGUAACCUUCUGCUCACAAUUCCUUUUUACACUGCACAGCCAUCUCAUUGCUUCUGUACACAUUGCACAUGACCUAAAAAAAUGUAAAUUAGAAUCCCCCCCCCCAUAUCUUUUGUUCAGCAGCUUUUUUAAAUGUCAAUGUAAUAAAAUUUCAUCCUCCCUCCCGACUGCAACCGACUUACUUGAUCACUUAUCCCUGGUUUAAAUGUUGUUUCUUUAUUAUAUCAUGAGUAAUCAGUUGUAAAAAUAUUUUAAGUUAUCAGCAUUCGUUUUUUAGUUUGUCAAGAAAUACAUGCAAAGUACAUAUACAUUAUAUAGAGAUGAAAUAAAUUUAAUCAGCUAGAGGAAUUUGUGUUCUCCAGUUUGGUUUGGUGUAUGCACACAUAUAUUUCUGUAUUUUCAGUCAGUCAGUUCAGACUUCACUACAACAUUCUUGCAAUGAGAAUCUCAUAUGCAGUUGGCAAGAUUUUUCUACACUUUUUCUUAUGUUAUCUACAAAUAAGCGUAUUUCUGUGUGAUUUUAUGUUACUGUUAGUGUUAGAUUGUCAAAAUAUGAACCUAGUGCAAUUAUAGUCUGAAUGAAAUCAGCUGUGACAAAACCUUAAUCUGUGUCAUUCAGGCUCAAUUUUUGUCCAUCUGCUCUUGAUUUCCGUCCAUUUAUCCAUUGAACAUUCAUUUGUGUUGUAAUUUGAAAAAAUUCUUUGUUUAUUUACUUACAUGUUUUGACUGCUUUAUUAAUGUUUCCUUGAUGCAUUUCAUAUUUUAUUUGAUUCAACUAUUAUCACUUUUGCCUGAAAUGUAGUAGUUUAAAGUGCAGUGAAACUGAUUAUAAUAUAUAUCUGAUAGCCUAAAUUUAACUGGUUUGAUUCAUACCACAGAAUUGCCCUGUGCUUUUUCUGACAGAUUUGAUUGUAACAUUCUACCUAGCAGUAAUUACUGUUUUGUUUGUUUUAGUAAGAGUCGUGCAGCGCUUACAACUGCAUAAGUAAUUACCAAUUACCCAUCAAUAACACAUCAGUGUUUUAUGUUCCACUCCAGUCUUACAAAUAACAUCAAUCUCAAAUAACAACCAACAGUACUGAAAGGUAUGACUAAGACACUUCAUUUGAUGCCUGACUACUUGGUCUCAUAUGUUGAGCCUUAUCCAUGUCAAAAACGCUCCUCAUAUUAAAUGGCCAACCUACACCAAAAAAAAAGGAGAUUUUGGAGUCAAAGUAUACCCCCAUAUUGUAUGUGAAAUCAUGUCAUAGAUAGACACAUACAGUAAGUUCUUUUAAUAUCUUGAGGUACCACCAGUACCAGCACUCAGAAACAGGUUUUUCUCUAAAUUACUCUAAUAAAGACAAUAUGCAUUGAAGCAUUGAAUAAGGAAAGUUGAUAUCUGCUUUGCUCAGGAAUCUUGCAGUUGUCUUUCUUGAAUGUCUGUGUCUAAUUUAUGCAGAAUGCUAGUUUAUGUUUUGACAGUGCUGUUAUGACAUUCCGUUUUGCCUUCUAAACAACACAUAAAGGGAUUAUUCCUAUAUAAUUUUAUUUGAGACUGCUGAUGUAAAGAAUGCCUCAAGCGUUUUAUGUACAAUAGUUUCAAAGAAAGAUCCUGAGAAUGUUGGAACAUAGGCUACUACUCACACAUAACCAUACAUGCAUACAUUCUUCAUACAGUAUAACACGGAUAGGUCGAACACAGAAGACUUGAAGUCGGGCAUCUGUCGACUGUGCCCGUGGUCCCACUUUUUCUUCUUCUUUAUCUUUGUAAGAUAUCCCUCGAACUACAGAUCCCUUGAACUAUUGAGGCCGGUCCCAACGAAUUCGAGCUAUCCGUGUCAUACUAUAGGCCUACGUUCAAUUCUUCAUCAGAAUCAGCAAAGGGAUAAUGUGGCCAAUUCUCUGGGUUUUUCCCCCUUCCAGUUACACAGCAAAUUUUAAACAUUUUUAAAGCUCUUUGCAAUGCUCAACAUGUGCUAAUGUUCUAAAUUGAGCUCAUUCAGUUUUCUUAAACAUCAUAGUCUAAAGAUCAUGUAGUGAAAAUCGGUGGAUCCAUUUGCUAAGUUUUAUUGUUCUAGCUAAGCACACGUUUCUUCAGUUUAAUCUAGACUUAGGUAAGUCAACCAUCAGUGAAUUCUAACAGUUACGUAUCCAAAAUUGGGAGCCAAAUUGCACUAUGCCCUCUCCCCCUUUUUGCUGAACCAGAGGUAGUUAUUAUGGCAAGUACCCCACCAAUAGACAUAAUUUCAGAAACACAUUCAUUAUCACUGCCCUGUAGGAUAUUUUUUUAGCUGCAAUUAUCAUGUCUUGCUCAAGGACACACCCAGUGUCGCUCGCUUAAAUGGCAUGUCAACUUUGGUCUUAGCCCCUAAGCCUGAACUCCAUGACCACCAGUUUACAAAAUUAUUCUUUUACUUUAAUCGUUUCAUGAUAAGACACAUACACUUGUACAAUUGCAAAUUUUUGCGGGGGGGGGUGUGAUGCAAGUAGACCGACUUCGUCAUUUUAUGAUUUUAUGUAAUGGACUCGCGAUAGUGUCCUUAGAUUUUAAAUCCACAGAGUCGUAGUUAUAACCAGAAGGCUAUUUUUUUGUGAAUUUGGUUUGAUUUUGUGACACGUGAUUUAAGGCUUUCUUUUACUUUUAUUUUUAUCACUUUUAUAGAGAUCUGUGUAUUGUACGUGAAUUUAUGGUUGCAACACUUACCCUAUUCAUUUAAGUAAUGAAUUCCAUGAUCAAAACUUCUUAAUGCUUUUUCAAAAAUGAGCAGUAGUAUAUGUUGCAUUGAUAUCAAGUUUCAAAAUUAUACCUUGCAGCUUAUUAUUAUAUUCAUACUUCUUGCCAGAUUUGUGCCUUUUCAAAAUUAAUCGCAGUUCAUUGUCCAAUAUUUGAAUAAUAAAUUCUGAAGGUGUUCAACCGAGAAACCAAACUGCCA